AGGUGUAUUUUUACAGUGUAGUAUUAGUACAUUUUACAGUGUGGUAUCAACGCAAGUACUUUUAUUGGGGUUUUAUGUCCAGCGCCUUGACAUUUACUGGAGUAACAUUUAUCAGUAUUUUUGCCUGUAACAUUAUUUUUAUUAAUACGUGUUUUUAAAGUGUACUAUUAACAGUAGUAUUUUACUGUGGUAAGUUUCCAACGCAGGACUUCUAAUUGUAAUCAAUAUUUUUAUAGGGUUGUAUUAUUUUUACUUCAAUGCUAACUCAGCUAACGUUAGCAUUGUUUACAGCGAGCCGAGCAGCGUCGCCCCUCCCCCACCGGCUUUACCAGCUCCUCCUACCGACUAGCUAACCAGCUAGCCGCGGUGAAAGCGGUCUUUACGAGACAGACCACCAUUAAGCCUCCUGGAUGAGACAUAUUGAUCCAGGAAUCGCGACAAGCCGUCUUAAUGGGACGUGUGUUGGGCGGAUAUCACGACGCGAUGGCCAGCUAAGCGAGCGGCGCAGAGCUAGCUGUUCGGCUAGCCGGGAUAGCAGCUCCGCUACACCCACAACUAACUGUUUAUUCGACUCCUUUUCGAAGCUGGUUUCUGUGUCAUCAUAUAUUUGAUUUAACAGAGGGUUUGUUUGCACGUGUGUCAAAUAAAUCAUCAACGCGGAUGCUUUCUUUUUGACAUGUAGGUCACUGAUCCCGACCAAUGAUAGUUAUGUGGGUCAUAGACUGCAUGGGGUUAACCUGUUAGCAUGAGCAGCUGGUUAGCAUGUUAGCUAGUUGGGUUUCUGUCACGUAUGACGUCAUUUAAAACGUUAAGAAUAGCGAUAUGGUUUAAUCACGUCCUUGUAUUAGCGACAGUUAGUCGUGUCUCUGAGAUUUCCAUCGCGCACAACGUCUAUUUAUUUUCAACUGUUUCGGUUCGUCGCUGGACCAUCAUCGGCUAACCGGGCUAGCCGCUAGCGAAGCUAACAGAUUAGCUUUACCAAUCAACCAGGAGUCAUCGGGGUCAUGUCGGGCGUUCUCCCGCGUUUCCCUGUCGCCUAGGCAACCAGCAGCUCGGUUGUGAGGAAGCGUACCGUUCCCGGGCCCUCGGCGGGGGGAGCGAUGGCGUUCCACGGCGGCGGCCGGCAGACCGUCUGCGGGGACUUGUUUCCGGGCUCCGAGUUGGGCCACAAGUAUUUCUGCGUGAACUCGUCUUGCGGCGCCCCGUCCACGGGCCUCAGUGCCACGCCGUGCCUAAGCGGACCCACCGCUCCGGCCGGGACGCCCCGCCACCCCGCAGCCAUGGGGGGCAGCACCGGGGGGGGAGCGGCGGUGCCUCAGCCCUACAGCAACCCGGCCAGCGAGGUGCCGAGCCCGGCUGAGAUGGAGCCCGACCGGCCCAUCGGCUACGGGGCCUUUGGGGUCGUCUGGUCCGUCACGGAUCCUCGAGACGGGCGUAAAGUGGCCCUGAAGAAGAUGCCCAACGUCUUCCAGAACCUGGUCUCGUGUAAGCGGGUCUUCAGAGAGCUGCGGAUGCUCUGCUUCUUCAAACACGACAACGUUUUGUCGGCGUUGGACAUUCUGCAGCCGCCACAAAUCGACUGCUUUGAGGAAAUCUACGUGAUCACGGAGCUGAUGCAGAGCGACCUCCACAAAGUGAUCGUGUCUCCUCAGCCGCUCACCACCGACCACAUCAAGGUCUUCCUCUACCAGAUCCUCAGAGGUCUGAAGUACCUUCACUCCGCUGGGAUUCUGCACCGAGACAUCAAACCUGGAAACCUGCUGGUCAACAGCAACUGUCUGCUGAAGAUCUGUGACUUCGGCCUGGCGCGUGUGGAGGAGCCCGACCCGACCCGUCACAUGACCCAGGAGGUGGUGACCCAGUACUACCGGGCCCCGGAGGUGCUGAUGGGCUGCCGGCACUACGGAUCGGCCAUCGACGUCUGGUCGGUGGGCUGCAUCUUCGCAGAGCUGCUGGGCCGCCGCAUCCUCUUCCAGGCCCAAAGCCCCAUUCAGCAGCUGGAUCUGAUCACAGACCUGCUAGGAACGCCCCCCCUGUCGGCCCUGUCGUCGGCCUGUGAGGGGGCCAGAGCUCACAUCCUCAGGGGGCCACACAAACCGCUCUCGCUGUCGGUGCUCUACAUGCUGUCGGACGGGGCCACGCACGAGGCCGUGCACCUGCUCUGCCGCAUGCUGGUGUUCGACCCGGCCAAGCGGAUCUCCGGCAGCGACGCCCUGUCCCACCCCUACCUUGAAGAGGGCCGCCUGCGCUACCACACCUGCAUGUGCCAGUGCUGCUACUCCGUCCCCAGCGGGCGCGUGUACACCCGCGACUUCGAGCCGGUGGCUGAGCGCCCGUUCAGCCACAGCUACGAGAACAGCCUGCUGUCCGUGUGGCAGGGCAAAGAGUUGAUCCAUCGCUUCAUCAGCGAGCACCAGCAGGGAAAGCGUGUGCCGCUGUGCAUCAACCCCCAGAGCGCCGCCUUCAAGACCUUCAUCAGGUCCACUGCAUGGCAUUCCUCCAAGGUGUCAAGGAAGGAGGAGAGAUGAAGGCUCCUCCUCCUCACCAGGAGAGUUCCAGGAAAAGAUUUUGUCGGGUGUGAAAAAGAGUUUAGGUCCUCUUUUUAUUCUUUUUGUUCACCUGCCUCAGAAACACGCGAGCUCCUCGUUUACGUUCAUCCUAAAAAACUAAAGCUCCACUGAGCCCAAUGCUUGCAGCGUUUUUUUCCGGUGCUGAAUUAAGAAAUAAAUAUAGAAAUUGCUGCUGAAGUGCUCGAGGGGGAAAAGAAAAGAGGAACUCUGUACUAGAUUCGAUUUUUAUCCAUAAAUAUCAUUAGACAUUAAGAAAAAACACUUUUAAUUGUUUGCUAGGAUUGUUGUGUAGUUUAUUUUAUUCUUUUUUUAAAGUCAUUCCAGCAGUGUUUCAUAUGGUUUAAUUUCAACGGUAAAAACAACUGGAUCCUGAACACGCAACAGCAGGCUUUUCUCCUUUUAUUUCAACUGCAUUUGAACACAUCGCCAGGUGUAACCUUAAUAACACAUUAAUGACAGAUGUAGCAGGUUUUACACCCCCCCCCCACCCCCCCCCACACACACCUGGAUCAGCAUUCCGUUUAACAGCUGAAGAAGGAAACAGGAAGUCCUCCCUUCCACCGUUUUUAGAGCUCAUUAUUUUAUUUUGAAAGUUGUGACAGGAAGCUGUGACCGGUAAUCGGGCCAUUAUCGGUUCAAAUAAAUAUUUACAGAGCCGGGGAAUUGCGUUAAAUAUUUUGGUUUUAUAUAAAUAUAUAAGCCACAAAUCUCUGGAUCCAUCUCCACUCUGCAAUCUGAGAAUAUUUCAUUUAAUGUGUAAAUUUAAUUCUAAAUUGUAAAAAGUAUUUUUGUUUUGUUUCCCCGUACAUUUCCCACUUUAAUUACGUAAUUACGUAAGUAAUAGGGUCCGGCUCUCUGAAUAUUACCCAAGUGCCCCGGCUUCGUAUCUCUUCUUCCCUUUUUUUGUUUUUGUUAUCGCAGAGAAACAGGAAGUGACUUUUAUUUUGUUACCUCUUAAUUUAUUGCGUGUUUGUUGUUGACGAGAGUGUGUCUCCAUCUGUUAGCUCGACGUGAUGUGUGCAACCCCCUCUUCAAACAUCAGUCCUCCACGUUCUUCUUCUCUUCCUGGUUCCUUUUUAUGUUUAUAGUUUUUAGGACGUCCUGCUUAGUUUCCCAACUGUAACAAGUCCACACACAGAAGAAUUGAGCAUCAGCCAAUAAUCACAACGAUCAGUGGGAGAAGUUUAGAGGAAGUAAAGACGAGGUCUGGAGGAGGAGAAGAAGCUGCUGGAGUUCCACGCAGAAACAUUCUUCAGAUCAUUUAAGUAUUCAAAGAUGAAGCGGUUCUUCUGGUUGAGAUGACGAAGUUCCUUUAACAUCUGCAGCAGGUUUACUAGUUCCUGUUCUAACAAAUGGACAAAGCAGCAGAGCUUUGGAGCCAUCGGAGGUUCUCCUGGCUCCUGUGGAGACCUCAGGCUCCUACGACUGAAGGAUCUCCUCCAGGAACCUUUUUUAAAGGUCUGACUUGAACCGCCUCGUCUCUCUUGUAGAGCCCCUGAGAGCUGGAGGAGGAGGAACCUCCCGAGAACUCCUGGUUCACCUCCUGCAUCGUGUUUGACCCGUUUCAUUUCCUCUCGUACUUGUCCUGAACCUCCUGGUCGGUUCUCUGGGGUUCUCCGCUGCGGUUCCUCUCGGCCCCGUGAGACCUGCUCUCCUCCAGGAGGCCCCCCUGUAGAUCUGCAUGCGUGUGUUUUGCCCCUAAGAGCGUUUUGAGUUUUGAUGCUUUGCGGUUGGUUGAAGGGGGAAAAGUACAUUGUGGUAAAUUUCUUCAUUGAAUUCAUCUUUUAGGAAGUGAUUUUUAUUAGACGGUUUUAGUUUGUUGUGAUUAAAGUCGGAUGUUUAAAGAUUGUUCUCUGAGAUUAGUUUGUUUCCUCGAUCCGAUUAAUUAUUCUUAUCAAGUUCUCUUAUCCUUAAACUCUGAACUAAAACCAUGAGCAUCUUAUUGUGCUUCAAUAAUUAACUUUAUCAGAAGAACUUUAUGAAGAUGUGGUUCAUCGCUACUUGUUUCAACUCCACAAAUACGAUGAAUCCAUAAUUUGAGGGACUGUUUUGUUCAUUAUUUCUUCUGUUCCGGGAAGAGACGCUUCAGGUGAUCUGAGGUCUGUCUCAUUCUGGGGACAGACGGGGGACAGACGGACAGACUGCUAGUCGUGUUUAGAAUUGGCCUCGUUUUUCUUCUAUGAAAAGAAACUUGAUGUUUUUAUUAUAAAUAUGAAACUGAUGUUUUCUGUCUUUGUUUUAGGAACAAACACGUUUUUGGUUAUUUUUGGUUCUUUUUGACAUUUGUUCCCUACAAAUACUUGAAUUUCUUAAACAAAUUGCUUAGAUUUAAAGUAGUGGAUGAUGAAUAAAUAAGUGGACACUGGAUAAUAUUCA